CAUUGUAUCGCAACGCAUCUUUCGUAAAAUCAAGAGAGGCCUUCCCUUUGGUCGCCCUGAUUGGACCAGAUUGCCGCGCAGUAAGCAUCACAUUUUCAUAAUAAUCAUAAUGAUAUGUGAAUAGCUCUGAGGAUGACUGUAUAAUCAGCUAGUAUUGAUGUGGAACGAAAUUAAGAAAUAAGAACAACACAAAGGUGACUCUGGAAGAAUUCACCGAGCAAUUCGAAUAUUGGCAACGCUGCUAUUUAUCGUCAUUGGAUACUACCAUAAUAUUAUUCCAGCUUGGACCGAAUAUUACAUGAAAUGGAAUCUGCAGGUGUGGUGUGUAUGGUGUGUGUCGUGUUGGUCUUAUUAGUUUACUCGUCUGUGAUCUCAUAUUUCUACUUCAAAGAUAGCAAUCCAACCUUGCCAACUCUGAAGAACGCACCCGAAGUGAUAAGCGUUACGACCUCGUAUGUUUGGGUGUCAUGGCAUCUAAAUUACAAUGGUAACGGUCCAGUCUGCGGGUCAACUGUCUAUCUCCAAAAUCCCUCAUCGACAUCGUGGACGAGUGUUGGUUUUGUUCCCGUUGAAGAAGAUGCAAACUUCUACCAAUUCGCAAUUGACCGACUGGACGCAGGGACCAGCUAUGGUAUAAGUGUACGUCUUCUCCAUUGCUCUGGGAAAGAAGGGACAUCAAGUCCCGAACUGUCCGCGUCAACACAGAAUUAUGUUUUGCCCAGCUUGCACCAACACCCUAGCACAAUAGCAUCAGGAACAACCUAUGCAACUGUCCUAUGGCAAGAUGAAUACGUCGGUGAUGGACCUACGUGCGGCUAUGCUAUCGACAGGAGGGGUCUCGGGGAUGACGCCACGCCUUGGACGACUGCGGGUCUCGUGCCAUUGCAACCGGGUCCACAGUCUGUGGAACAGAGUGUCUUCAACCUAACUGGCUUAGAGCCGUCUAUGGGGUACCAGGUCUCAGUAAGACCUAUCUUGUGCGACGGUACAAGAAUUAUUCAACUCGGAGAAGGACCAUUAUUGUCUCUGAGGACUUCCACAAUUGAACCACCGACUUUGACGAUGGCCCCUGUUCUGACCAAUCUUUCAACGUCACACGCGGAGAUCGAGUGGACUAGCGACCACCACGGGGAUGGCCCUAUCUGUGGAUACGAUAUCAACCUCAAGAAGCACGUCGGCGAUAACAACGAACCGUGGCUUAGUGUCGGGUUCGUACCGGUUGGCAACGAGCUCGAGUUCUACAUCGGGCAACUUGAGGCGGAUACCGGUUAUCUAGUCGCUGUUUCGGUCAUCAAUUGCUUAUCGGGUGGGGAAGGUCCACGACGGCCUGCGUUAUCCUUCAGGACCAUCGCGCCUGUGACAGAGGCUAUCACAGUUACAUCUCAUACGGUUUCUCCAGCGGCAGAUGGAACUGAUAUGACUGAAAUCCCGCCAGCAACGGCGACGUCUGCCUGCCCGAUCAUCCCAGAGGUGAACUGUACAGAGUGUCUUCAAAAUACUACACUCAGCAUGCCUGUAUACGGGGAAUGCCAUGACUGGAAGCUGGCUUUUGUUGUCGCUUUACCUUCGCUCCUUUUUCUUCUAGGAUUACUUGUUUUGAGUUACAUCAGAUUGAAGCGGCGAAGUAAGGAUAGCCUUGGAACUACGGAAAUUAACGCCAGCCCGUGCACCGUUACCACCGUACAAGCGCCACGCAACGUCUAUGUUGAACGCAAUGACAUCGAAAACUCUUAUGAAGAGAUAGAACAGAAAGACCUUCACAUUCAGCUCUAUCACAGGGAGGAAAUCGUAUGAAUGAUAUAGCUGAAAUACUUUAUAAAUUUAGGAGCUCUCUGUCUUUAUUUCGUUCUUUCUUUUGCCCUGUUGACACUUGCAAGCAUUGUGGUUCCCGCAUAGUUUGCGCAUGGGCACGCACUCAUGCGGG